GCGCUUACAGAGUCGCGACGUCUAUUUCUUUUUUCAUGGCGGACCUAGUUAAUCUUUGUAGUUCUACAUUUAUUGUGUGGGUACUCUAUCUUAUAUAUUGGUAAGUGUUAUGUAUCUAGCAUCCGAAGAGGACCGGACAAAUUACAAAAAGUACGCGUGGCCCCUUCACUAAUGGGGCUCGACGAAAUACAGUAGGAUUUAAGCAGGUGUAUAUCCGACAUAACACACACAGUCUCUUCCCCGAGGGCCGUGGAUAUCUAUAUAAGAUUUCUCCACUACAAAAAAGGUGUUGCGCAGUAUAUGACUUGCUCUGUGGUGGGAACUUGGUAGAGCUGUCGCUUGUCAAAAUUCAAAGUGUCAUGUGAAAAACGUAAACAGAAGAUCUUAUGAAUUCUUUAGUUUAAUUAAAUUUAAAUCAUGAGCAGUCGCAAUCCAAAUACUUUAAUGAGUGUACCGGAUGAGCAGUUUGACUACCUAUUUAAAAUUGUUCUUAUUGGUGACUGCGGAACCGGAAAAACAUGUAUAGUACAGCGGUUAAAAUCGGGAAAUUUCAUAGAACGGCACGGAAAUACGAUAGGCGUAGAUUUCUCAAUGAAAACUUUGGUAAUAGAUGGGAAGAAGGUCAAGCUCCAGAUUUGGGAUACGGCUGGACAAGAACGAUUUAGAACAAUCACUCAAAGUUAUUAUCGGUCUGCAAAUGGAGUUAUUAUAGUCUACGACAUAACAAAAAGGUCAUCAUUUAUAUCAUUAAAGAAAUGGAUUGAAGAAGUGAGGAGAUACACAUCGUCAAAUGUUGUAGUUGCAUUAAUAGGCAAUAAAUGUGAUCUGGCUGACCAAAGGGAGGUGGAGAUUGAGGAGCCCAAGUCCUUUUGCCGAUAUGUGCCGGAGAUAAUGUUUGUUAUGGAAACAUCAGCUAAGGAUAACACUAAUGUAGAAGAUACCUUCCGGAGCUUAGCUACUGAAUUAAAGAGGCAACAUGAUAGUAGUGAAGGACCACCAGCAGACACAGAUGCAGUGGUCUUAGGAGAGAGCCAUUCUGUAAGUAGGUGUCAACCCUGCCGAUCUUAGUCCACUAAAUUAAGAGAUAGAUAAUUAAUUACUCAUUGUAUUAGAUCAAAUUAUUUUAAAAAGCGUUGUUAGACGGCUCAUUUAUGCACCUUUUAUAGAAAUUAAUUACUCUGAUUGUGUUCAUGGAGUAAUAAAAUUGUAUUAAAAUUCCUCCCAGUUUUUACCUAGUUUGUAAAACAACCAUUUUGGACAUCUUGCCUUAUAAGAAUUUACACAACUUGCUAUUGCAUAUGUCAAGCAGCACCUCUUUAUGUAAAUUACUCAUGACACAUAGGUAUUGUGUCAAAUUAUUCAUGUUUACAUCAACAACAAUACAAACAUCUUUAUCUCAUAUUUGAAAUCAGUGUCACAAACAGUUAGAACAGGUGCUUACAGGUGAUUUGUACUGUUAUUAUAUCUAUAGAUAUUUUUUGAGAUUUUUCCUUUAUCUUUUAAAAAUUCUUUUUUGUUGUCCUUUUUAUGAUUUUUUUAAUGUCACAUAUCCAGUUUGGAUUUGUAUAUAUGACAUUGGUAUAAAAUAAAUGUAAUAACAUUGAUUGGUACUCUGUCAUCCUCAAUUGUACAUAAUGUACAAAUUAAAAUCAGUACAUAGUGUUUUAUAUUAAGUUUAUUUUGUAAAAUAUCGUAUUGUAACGUGAAAGAAUGAAAAAAUACUUUUUUAUUUUCUUGAUUUACUAAAUGGCUAUGAUUUGUGUAGGAAAUUUAAAUGUUAGGUACAAUUAAAAUCUAACUAUAUUAUAAUGAUCUUCAAUAUUUUGUAUGUUUAUGUUUUUAUUUAUUUAUUUCGAAAUUUAGUUAGUAGAUUUUUCAAUCAUUUAUAUUAAAUCAAAUUAUGUUAAACCAUACCAUAACAAAUAACAAAAAACUUUUUCUCUAAAGUACUUUUCAAAAAGUCUUUUUAUAGUAUCAAUCGAUCAAGUAGUGAUGUUAAGAUUAUAAAGACGCUUAUAAGAUAAAAAGUAACCAUGUUAUUGUAAGAUAUAAGAUGUACUGAGCGAAAAAUUCUAAUUUGUACCCAGUGUUGUUUGUACUCUUGAAAAACUAUAAUAUGUAAUAACCUAACCUAACCAAAUACUAGGCUAAAAUAACUUUUGAAUUAACCUCCUCUUAUAUUUGAUUUUCACCUUUUUAUUUGAAGUGAUCAAGAACUAAAUUAAAUAUUUUAUAAAUAAUAUAAAUGAAUAACUUUUUAAUAACAAAUUAAAUUACUUUUUUAAAGAAUACGGUCAACGGCUUUUCAAGUAACUUGUACUUGGAAGUCCAGAAAGAACUAUUUCAAAAGUUUUCUUUAUACCCCUAAGAUUUAUGUCCUUAUCAUGACAAUAGAUAGGGCUUUUAAUACUUGAUCAACAAUUUCUAUGUAAUUAUAGAUUUCGUAUUAGUUGUAUACAUAUGAUUAGCAAUAAAGUUAUACGUAGCCUCGUAUUCGGCCCUGAGCGUGCUCGACGCUCUAUUUGGCGAAAUGAGAUUUUAUUUUAUAUCAUAGUCGACAAGGAGAUGUGUAGCCUGAUGGUAAACACUCCUUUGCUUGAAAAACGGUUA